AUGAUCGCCAGACAGCAGGGCAUCCGAGGCGGGUCCCGUGGCUUUAGCUGUGGCUCGGCCAUCGUAGGUGGGGUCAAGAAGGCUGCUUUCAGCUCGGCCUCCAUGUCUGGGGGUGCAGGCCGCUGCUCCUCUGGGGGCUUCGGCAGCAGAAGCCUCUACAACCUCGGAGGGAACAAGAGCAUCUCCAUCAGCAUGGCCGGGGGCCGGCAGGGUGCUGGCUUUGGGGCUGCAGGUGGCUUUGGGGCUGCUGGAGGUUUUGGGGCUGCUGGAGGUUUUGGCUCUGGUUUUGGUGCCGGCGGCUUUGGCGGUGGAUUCGGGGGCUCCUUCGGUGGACGAGGUGGUGCUGGCUUCCCGGUCUGCCCUGCUGGAGGGAUUCAGGAAGUCACCAUCAACCAGAGCCUGCUGACCCCACUCCAUGUGGAGAUCGACCCUGAGAUCCAGAAGGUCCGGACUGAGGAGCGUGAGCAGAUCAAGCUCCUCAACAACAAGUUUGCUUCCUUCAUUGACAAGGUGCGGUUCUUAGAGCAGCAGAACAAGGUGCUAGAGACCAAAUGGAAACUCCUCCAGCAGCAGACGACUACCACAUCUGUCAAAAACCUCGAGCCCUUCUUUGAGGCCUACCUCAAUGCCCUGAGGAAGCAGGUGGAUACCUUAGCCAACGACAAGGGACGCCUGCAGUCUGAGCUGAAGAUCAUGCAGGACAGUGUGGAGGACUACAAGACCAAAUAUGAAGAUGAAAUCAACAAACGCACAGCUGCUGAAAAUGACUUUGUGGUCCUCAAGAAGGAUGUGGAUGCUGCCUACAUGAACAAGGUGGAGCUGGAGGCCAAGGUGGAUGCCCUCAACGAUGAGAUCAACUUCCUGAGGGUCCUCUAUGCUGCGGAGCUGUCCCAGAUGCAGACCCAGGUCAGCGACACAUCUGUGGUCCUCUCCAUGGACAACAACCGCAACCUGGAUCUGGACAGCAUCAUCGCUGAGGUCCGGGCCCAGUAUGAGGAGAUUGCCCAGAGGAGCAAGGCCGAGGCCGAGGCCCUGUACCAGACCAAGGUCCAGCAGCUUCAGAACUCAGUGGACCAACAUGGAGACAGCCUGAAGAACACCAAGAAUGAGAUUUCAGAGCUUAACAGGUUGAUCCAGAGGCUGCGGGCUGAGAUCGAGAACGUCAAGAAGCAGUGCCAGACUCUGCAGGGAUCUGUGGCCGAUGCAGAGCAGCGUGGGGAGGUGGCCCUAAAAGAUGCCUACAGCAAGCGCACAGAGCUAGAGGCCGCCCUGCAGAAGGCCAAGGAGGAGCUGGCCCGUGUGCUGCGAGAGUACCAGGAGCUCCUGAGCGUCAAGCUGGCCCUGGACAUCGAGAUCGCCACCUACCGCAAGCUGCUGGAGGGCGAGGAGUGCCGAAUGUCUGGAGAAUGCCAGAGUGCUGUGAGCAUCUCUGUGGUUGGUGGCGCUGCCAGUGCAGGAGGGCUCAGUGGAGGGUUAGGAGGCAGCUCUGGAUUUGGCCUGGGCUCUGGCUCCGGAGGUGGCUUUGGAUUCGGCGGUGGCAUCGGUGGCAGUUCCAGCGGCAAGAUCAUCUCUACCACCACCCUGACCAAGAAAUCCUUCCGAUAA